AGCCUGAGUUAAGACAGCGAGGUAGUUGGACACGGGAAUUAGUACGAUCUCACAGUUAGUGCGUGACGUUUGGUUACAGACCCAACAUAAAUCUCUUUCCUCCCUUCGCUUUCGAGUGCAUUCUCCGAGUCGGACGAGGCACGAUUUAAUGUACUUGGUACUAAAUAUUCCCAAGUGCAAUUUGUAUCUCGUACUCGUAGAAAUAACGUAGAAGAAACUUUUGCCAGUUGAAUAAAAUCGUCCAAGUGCAAUUUGUAUCUCGUAGCUGAAAAAUGGAGAUUUGUAACGAGGAAGAUAGAUUGUACAACGUACCACGUGGAAAAUCAUCGUGUCUAGUUGAGAAUAGGGAGAAACUUCAACGAGGAAAAGUUUCCACCCUCCGGGAGCUUAUAGAUGCACUACAUGAAGUUUUUCAAACGGAUCAUGUAAAUAUCGAUCUCGUUCAGGACUUGAUGACGAGCUACAAGAGCAAUCCUGUGGAGUGGAAGAAGUUUGCCAAGUUUGAUAGAUAUAGAUAUACAAGAAAUCUAGUUGACGAAGGAAACGGUAGGUUCAAUCUGAUGGUGUUGUGUUGGGGAGAAGGUCAUGGAUCAGCUAUACAUGAUCAUGCCAAUGCGCACUGCGUGAUGAAAGUUCUGCAAGGAAAAUUAUGCGAGACCAGAUACGCAUGGCCCGAAAGGUGUGAAAUGGAAGAAGGUAUGAAAGGUAUGGAAGAACUCAAAGAACUCGAGAGGAACACACUUGAUACAAACGAGAUAUGUUAUAUCAAUGAUUCGUUAGGUUUGCAUCGUGUUGAAAAUCCAAGCGCGAUAAAUCCCGCGGUCUCUCUGCAUUUAUAUUCGCCACCGUUCUCAACAUGUUCGGUUUUCAACAAGCAGACUGGACAAAAGUCUACGUGUAAGGUCACGUUCUGGUCCAAGUAUGGAGAACGAAGGAAUCGGGAAAUUCAAGACGCCAGAUCUCCAGAGGAUAACUAGUUUAAAUGUGAUGUAAGGACGCAGAAAUACCAUCAACAAUAUGCCAAUUAAACGCCAGUAAUAUUCUAGUUAAAUGCAGAAAUAAUUUGUAAUGGCACUCGCGCUCCCUAAUUUCUGCAAAAAUUAAAAUAGAUAUUAACUGUUAUAAUACAUAUAUUU